CUCCGGGCCCACGAAAAGUUUGUUCACUCGGAGCAACAACUGUCCACUUGUGAACACUGUGGCGGAUCGUUUUCUUCGAAAAGUAGUUUGCAAACACACCUCAUAUCUGCUCAUUCGACACAGCGCCCCUAUACAUGCGAACAGUGUGGUAAAUCGUUUUCACAGAAGGGUGAUUUGCGAAAACAUUUCAAAUCUGUUCAUUCAA